AUGCCAAAUCGACGACUUUUUUUACUUUUUUUAUAUACAUGUUCAAUUACAUUAGCAUCAUUACUCUUUUUAUGGUCCGGUAUUUAUUGCCAAUUUUAUCAUUGUGUCAUUGAUAAGUCAGAUAAUCCACAAUCACGAGGUUUUAGUAACUUAUUUUCAAAUGAAGAUUUAAUCACAAGUGAUCCAGAAAAUAUUACAGAUUAUGUUCCUACAUUAUCUUUAGUAAUUUCAAUUUUAUUAUUAAUAUCAUCUACAACAUGGUUUAUUAACAAUACCAUAUAUAAGGCAACUGAAUUUAUGAGAAAUUAUAAUUGUCUUGAAAUGCCUUCUGCUGUCUUUUCUUCUCUGUUAUCUGGUGUCUGUGCUGUUGUAGAAAUUCAUUAUACAUAUCAUGAUCAAAGUACAUAUUGGGGAGAAAAAUGGUCAUUUCCUGCGACUGCAGCUUCAUUAUUACUUUUUAUUCAUGCCGCUAUCGUUUUUGCACUAACAUAG